AUGUGGGAGAGAGAGGUAGCUGCCAAGGCAAAAGUAUCCCGCCACCGCCGCCGUAUCUCCUUCCUCGCUGGCGCCGGACAUGAUGACGGCGGCGACGACGACGACUACGAGGAGUACGUGCCCGUGCACAAGCGUCGCGCCCUCGAGGCCCAGAAGCUCCUCUUCCUCCACCAUAGAGCACAGAUUCCCUCAAUCCGCCCCGCUUCGCCCCGCUUCCCUACUUCCGCCCUCCGCAUCACCUACUCCGACCCUCUCCCACGCGGUUGGAAGCCCUGCCCGCCUCUGCUGCAUGCCCCCGCGCGCGCCGCCGAUCUCCGCCGUUGCUGGCACAUCUCGUCGUAUCGCGACGACGUCCCCCCGCCCAUCCCCUUAUUCCGCGACAUGCGCCUCCCCGACCCUGUCCUCCGCAAGCUUCGCGAGAAGGGCAUCGUCCGCCCCACCCCUAUCCAGGUCCAGGGGCUCCCCGUCGUCCUCUCCGGCCGCGACAUGAUCGGCAUCGCCUUCACCAGCUUCGGCAAGACCCUUGUCUUUGUCCUCCCCCUCAUCAUGGCCGCCCUCGAGGAGGAGCUCAUCAUGCCCGUUGUCCCUGGUGAGGGCCCUUUCGGCCUUGUUGUCUAUCUCUCCUGCGAGCUCGCCCGCCAGUCCUUCGAGGUCGUCGAGCAGUUCCUCGCCCCGCUCAGGGACCACGGCUUCCCGGAGACCCGCCCCCUCCUCUGCAUCGGUGGCGAACCCUCUCCGGCGCCGCCGCCGCCUGAUAUUUUUGCAAUUCAUCAUGUUUGGAGGGACGUGUAUCCAAAUAACCCUUCUAUAAAAAAAAACCCGGUUUGA